AUGUCUUCAUUACCGUUAGUGAAUUCAUGGACUGAAUGGGGCUCGUUGGAACUUGUUUGCGUAGGAACUGCUAAGGGUAUGUGUUAUCCGGAUGAAACUCCUUCUUAUCCUUGGCAUACAGGUUCUCCUAGCCUACGCCCAUAUCUUCGAUCGAUUGCUGGCCCACGGCCUCGUCAUCGGAUUGAACAAGCACAAGCUCAAUUGGACAAUUUAGCUGAUCUACUUCAAGCUGAGUCGAUCGUAGUCGCAAAUUCUAUAGAUGAAAUAUACGACCAAGAUGUAGGACAAGUUCUUACUCGAAAGGAAACGUUAGUAGCUAGCAGUUCGGAAAUAACAACUAACGGUCGAACUGUUCAGAAGAGCAGAAUUGAUGUGUGUCGACCAUUGGUAUCAUCACUUGCAGAACCGCGUUUCGAUCAUCAACUAGCCACACCUCAUUUUAAGUCUCAGUAUCAGUUUGGUCUUGCAUGCCCACGAGAUAUAUUGAUUACAUUCGGUGAUACUGUGGUAGAAGCGCCUACUUCUGUUCACACUCGAUAUUUCGAAUCAGAAUACUAUAAACCUCUUCUUUAUUCAUUAUGGAGACAAGAUUCGAAUAUGAAAUGGAUUCAACCUCCAAAACCUACAUGUUCGCUAACACUAAUGUUUCAGGAUGUUGACUAUUGGGAAAAAAUAAAUACAAAAGAUUAUAACAAAUCAAUUUUUGCCAAAAGUGGGUAUAAGACAAAUUUAAACGAAAGCGAAGUUGCUUUUGAUGCUGCUGAUAUAAUACGUAUGGGCAAAGACGUCUUUUAUAAAAAAUCUGCAUCAGCAAAUAACCAAGGUUUCUAUUGGCUGCAUCGUACUUUUCCUCAUCUUCGUUUUCAUAUGAUGCAUUUUCCAACUGAUGGAAGUUAUCAUUUGGAUGUUUCACUUAUUCCAUUACGACCGCCAACAUCAGGCUCUGAUGGUCUUGUACUUCUUAAUCAAAAUUAUCCACCAUUGGCUAGUGAGAUGAAGUUGUUUACCGAUAAUGAUUGGCGUCCGAUAUGGGCACCCUUACCUGCAACAGCCGAUGUUCCUCCACUAGCUUUGUGUACAGGCAAUCUUAAUACCAAUCUCCUUUCACUUAACGAUCAUACAGUAAUAAUCGAAGAAUGUGAAAUACCACUCUAUCAAGUUCUAUACGAUGAACUCGGCUUUGAUGUUAUCACAUGUCCUCUUCGGGUACUCAAUGAAUUCGGCGGUGGUAUUCAUUGUGGUAGGAGCUAUUCUCAAUAUUUUUUUUUGGUUAUUUCACUUAUGAUUUUCUUUUUACUUUUAACAGUGACAUGGGAUAUUCGUCGACAGGACUCUUGUAUCGACUACUUUCCGAAUCAAAAUUAUGAAUCCGAAUGUCAAAUCGAUCUUGACAAUUAUUUCGAUCGAACAAUAUUAUCGCCUGAUCAUAAAAACUGGCUCAGUGGAGCCAAUUUAUGA